UGGCAAAUAUGGGUGAGCUUUGUUUUCGUGACUGCUGGUUGUGUGCUUUAAACCAUGUUUGCAUGUUUUCAUGCUUUCUGUAAUCCAGAUGAAUGACUUGUGUGUUUGCCUUGUCUCUUCUCCUGCAGCUCAUUUUACAGCUUUGAAACAAUCAUCAUUACAUUUUGAAUCAGCUGAUGUUGGGGACAGUGUGACUUUGCAGUGCGUCUGUCAGGAUGAUGAGGCAGUGAUGUUUUACUGGUACAAGCAAACUCUGGGUCAGAAGCCAAAGCUGAUGUCUACAUUAUAUAAACAUAACAACAACGGCAGCUUUACUGGUGAAUUUAACAAUCCACGUUUCUCACUGGACACUGGAAACAGGGAAAAUAACUUGAAGAUAUCACAUUUGCAAUUUUCAGACGCAGCUACUUACUACUGUGUACGUAGCAACUUAUAUGAGUUUGAAUUUUGUGAGGGCACGACUGUCACUGUGCAAGAUUCAGGUUUGAACAUCCAGGCUUCGGUCCAUCAGUCCGGAUCUGAGACCAUCCAGCCAGGAGGCUCUGUGACUCUCAACUGUACAGUACACACUGGGACCUGUGAUGGAGAACACAGUGUUUACUGGUUCAAAGACUCUGAAGAAUCUCAUCCAGGACUCAUUUACACUCAUGGAGGCAGGAACGAUCAGUGUGAGAGGAAAUCUAAUACACAACCACACAUUUGUGAUUACAACUUGCCGAUGCAGAGCCUGAAUCUUCCUCAUGCUGGGACCUACUACUGUGCUGUUGCCUCAUGUGGACACAUACUGUUUGGAAACGGGACCAAGCUGGACUUUGAGGAUGAGGACUCUCUUGUGUAUUUGCUGAGUGGGGCUCUCGGGUUCAGCACCAUCCUCAACGUGUUACUGGCUUUCUCAGUGUGUGUGAUCAGCAUGAGAGGAAACUGCCUCAAUACAGAGUCCACUGUGAGAUUUUCUGAUCCCUCCAAGAACAAUGUAGAGGGUUCCCAAAAUGAAGAUGCUAUUUAUUCCAAUGUUUUAAAGGAGAACGAGAUCAUCAGGCGAAGAAGACUGAAGGACACCUGGAGUGAAUGUGUGUACUUCAGUGUAAAGCAGCAGAGCUGAGUACGUUUCUUUUUUUAUCUCUGUGUUUCCUGCUGAGGUUCUGCGUCUCUUCUAAAGUAUAAUAUGGCUUCUUUAAAGUUUAGUAAUGUAUGUGAAUGUAAAGCCUUGCUGUAAAUACUUGUAAAUAUGUGUUGUAGCAGACUUACCACAGAGGUCCUGGUACCUGACCCCAUCAUGAGUACUUAGACCACAGUGUUGAAAUUCCAUCCAAACAAAGAUCUACAGCCACAAAACCAACCCUCUAUCACUGACGCUGCCGUACAGGAAGUAUAAAGACUUCAGAAACAGGCCUCUUCUAUUAGUGGCUGAUUGCGCCACAAAGCAACAGUUAUGAGCGUCUGUUUAUCGCUCCCAUGCGGUCAGCAGUGUAAAGAUCAAAUCUCUGAUUGGUUCUGUGAUGUUUAUCCUGAGGGUCAUGUGUAAAUUUUAUCCCACCGUCUGAGUGAGUUCAUUUUAUUUUGUGUU